UCCGUCUUCGGCUAGGGUUUCCGUCUCCUUAAAACACCAGCAGUCAGCACCAGAGGCACAUAGCUCAUUCGAAAAUGGUGAAGGGCCGCCAAGGAGAGCGCAUCAGACUCUACGUGCGAGGAACUGUUCUUGGAUACAAGAGGUCCAAGUCGAAUCAGUACCCAAGUGCGUCGCUGAUUCAGAUCGAGAAUGUGAACACUAAGGAAGAGGUGGCCUGGUACGCUGGUAAGCGCUUGGCGUACAUAUACAAGGCCAAGGUGAAGAAGAACGGCAGCCACUACCGUUGCAUUUGGGGCAAGGUCUCUAGGCCCCAUGGUAACAGUGGCGUCGUUCGCGCCAAGUUCAAGUCCAAUCUUCCCCCCAAAUCCAUGGGAGCUAGAGUCAGGGUUUUCAUGUACCCCAGCAACAUUUGAGGUAUGUGGCUAAUGUAGAUGAUCGAAUGGAUUGGAGGUGAAGCAUUUUGAAGUUUUGGUUUUACUCUAUUUAGAAUCGUGUUUAGACUUUCAAAAUGUGAUUGUACUGAGGAACGUGAGACAUUUAUUAAGAUGCUUGUUGCUAGCCUUGAAUAUGCACCUUGUUAAACUCGUUUUAUGUUUAUUUCCAUUCCAGCGUCAAUUAUCUGCACUUA